GCACAAUGUUGCUGCCAUUGACUAUUGUGUGGCAUUUUUCUAUAUGCAAUUGAAACUCUCGUUAUCAGCAUCUUAAACUUGGGGACACACAGAUGUUUCGGCUCCGUAUUUACAGCGGGUGGAAAUUUAGAACCCGAGAGAAAAGUCCGUAUUUUGUUAGCCAAUUUAAACAAAGCGUUUCGAAAAUCUAGUUUCGUGUCUCACACGAGCCCCUAAAAACGCGAAGGUUCGCUCAAACGAUUUCGAAAGCUGUGGACGGCCGCGCCCUUUGUAUACGAGAGAGGUUUAGAAGAAAUGAGUGGAAAAAUAUAUUGAGUCGUUGUCAAAAAAUGUUUCUCCAAAGACAGUCGGAAUGGGCCAGAUUGUUGACGCGUUUAUUCGGAUUUCCAAAUAUUAGGUCAUUUGCGGGUCUUCGCUUAUGAAUGCCUUACCUUUGAUCAAUGUAGAUUUGAAAUUUCACGAUUUCUUAUUUAAACUCUGUUCGAACUUUUCGUUUUGUAAUGUAAGAGAUUUGUAUUAUUACUUAAUUUAAUGAAUUGGGAUUUAAAAUUUCAAAAAGAUUGGAAAAAGUCAGCAAGUCAGAUGGUUGGCCUUACUGUGUUUUUAUGUGGAUUAUAUUAAUCUAUAUUAACAAAGCAUUGAGAGUAUGGUAAUACUAUAAGACGUCCAUCGAUGAUCGUACAUAGUAUUGAUGACUAACUAAUUCGUGUUGUUUUUGCGAGGUCUUUGGUAGACAAAUUAUUGAACUUAGCCAGCUUGUGUUUGUAUGAAUAAAAAAUUUCCAUAGAGUGAGAUAAUGACUGGGAGGUUUUAAAUUCGUGUUCCGAAGGUCUAGGUAAGGCGUAAUAAACAGGUAUACUCGCUUCGAUUAUACAUUUUUUUCACUAGAAUUCAUAUCUUAUAUAACAAUGGCUAUCAAUAGACGCCUUCUGUUUGGAUGUACUAGACGAAAUUCGAUUGUUGUUUUGCUAACCUUGAAUGUUUGCAUGGUACUUGCGGUACUGCGGCUUUAUUCUGGUAAUCGUGAACGUGUUAUAACCGUGUUCCGGCAAACUAAAAUAGCGACUGAUGUCGGGAAGGAUAAAGAAGUUGCGACAACCGGUUCAGUGACGGUAGAAUUAGAUACCACGAUCCCCGAACACACGACAACUCCAUUGCCGGAUUUAAAAUUGAAGAAUUUUUACUAUCCGCGAUAUAUUCCGGAUUGUCCCCCAGAAGAGGAUAAAUUGCUUGUUGGAAAAAUGGCCAUCGAUUUUAAAGCAUCCAAAGACUAUUUUCUUACGAUGUUGAAUAUAUCGCAAAACAACACAGCUCUAACAAAUGAUGAAAAAUAUUUGGGACAAUUUUUAGAAGAAAGUGACGAAAACAAACGAAUUUCGGUGGUAUUCGAGCCAGGGGCAUGUAAUGCAGUGCAUUCAGUGGCUAUAAUAAUUCCGUUUCGCAAUCGAGAAGAACAUUUACGUAUUUUAUUGGGACAUCUUAUGCCAGUACUACAAAGACAAUUGCUCAGAUUCGGUGUUUUUGUUGCCACGCAACAAGGUAACGGAACAUUUAACAAAGGAAGAAUAAUGAAUACUGCAUUUCAAUAUGCUAUAGAAGCAGGAAAUACAGAAGGUCGCCCUUUUGAUUGCUUUGUAUUUCAUGAUGUGGAUCUGUUAGCAGAAUACGAUACCUUGUUUUACAGGUGCACCGGUGGAGAUGCUGUAAAUCAUUUUUCGACUGCUAUUGAUAAGUUUGGAUACAAAGAAAGAUGCUGUGGAAUGACUGUCGGUGGAGUGCUUGCGUUCACAGAGAAGCAAUAUAAAAAAGUAAAUGGUUAUUCAAAUGAAUUCUGGGGUUGGGGAGGCGAAGAUGACGACAUGGCAAACAGAAUAUCAAACAGAAAUUUGAAUAUAGCAAGACCAGAUUCUACAAAAGGGAGGUACACAAUGGUAAAACAUAAACGUGACGGUGGUAAUCCUAACAAUGAGAUGAGAAUGAAACUCUUGCAAAAUUCAAACGAAAGGUUGACAAAGGACGGAUUAUCGAGUCUCGAUACAAAAAUUACGUCAAUACAUCGUUAUCCGUUAUUCAUUAACUUGAAUAUUGAUGUUGGGAAUCAGUCUUGAUAGUUUCGGCUUUAAAAAUGACUGAAUCGCAUAUUGAGUAGCCGGUAGGACAGCAAGCCUCUGGAAGCGAAAUGAUGACAAACUAAUGAACUACCUCUGUGAUCAUGUGUUUAAGCAGACUAUAGAUGUCUGCCCGAUCGCAGAAAAUUUUUUCCUAUACUUUGCUAUUAGAAAUUAUUCGAUACUUUUUUGAGGGUGUUUUGGGGAGUUGGCGCUUACAUGUGCAAAACCACCAUUGUUAUGAAAAUGUUUGACCACGUGCCGCUUACAAGGUACUGAUAGCUAAUUUAAGUCUGUCUUUCGCAGCUUUUCGGGACGAAGUUUUGAUUGUUGCAGCUAAACUAAAGCUCUUCGGCAUAAUGACAAUGAAAUUUUUGAUUUACAACUAAUUUUUUAACUCACAACUAAAAGCUGACGAAUAAUACGCAAAAUUGAGGUACCAGCAUGCACGAAUAUCACCUAUCAUUUAUUGCUGAUUGGUCAUUGCUACGAACAUAAACAUGAAAAUCGAUACUAGGAGAAAAUACUAUUUUCUGAUACAGCCAAGAGUUAGCUAGAUAAUAUGCACUUUUUUUAGAAAAGUUACUAAUGACUCACGCAAAGAUUUUACUAUUUGGUCCCAGACGAUCAAGGAUACCAUAGCGGAUGUCUUGUAAAUGUUUGCUUCCACAGUGUGUUUUGAUUAUGGUAUUUAAGCUUCAUUUUUUUUUAUUCCGAAUUGAAUUGCUUUAACAGUUUUCUUGUCUGUGCGCUGGUGAAAUCAUUUCUUGUUUGCUAAAUUGUUCCCAAUCAUUUAACACCAUCCACUGCUGCUCUAUCAGCCCGCUUUUAUUGUUAAUAUUAAAUCCAACAAAAGAGCAAUGUUCCUAUGUAUACAAGUAGAUGUGAACUGCUGACGAACUUUGUGCGGUGAACCGACGUGCUCUGUUCACUGAGCACUCACUGGCAAAAAUUUAGGUCUUUCAACGUUUCUGUUUUACUAUGCAAUAUUAUUUAUUCAAUCUGCAACGAAUCUAAAAAAUCUUCAGUUUUAUUUAAACAUGACCGCAAACUGCACCAUUAUUGUGGAUGUAUGUUAAAAAGCAAAGUCCACUAUUCAGCAUGUAUAACGUAGACUCUACGUCAUAGAGUUCCAUGUACUCAUCUUUUGCAUAUUUCUUGGAAUAUUCUUAUCCACUGAUUGCAUUCAAUAGAUUGUAGAAAUACAAAAAUAUUCGUAAUAUUUCUCUGAAUGUGUGUAUUCUGUACCGGUAUAACCGUAUAACUAAUACAAUCUUGCAAGCACUG